AAGCGGCUUCGGGUCCUGGCCGCGCGAAUAUGGCGGAGGCGGUGCGGCAGGAGCUCUCGGCGCUGGCCGCGAUUUUCUGCGGGCCUCACGAGUGGGAGAUGUUGAGCUGUUCAGAGACAGAUGGGGCCGUAUUUAGAAUCCACAUAACAGCUGAAGGACAGGUGGGCGAGGAAGUGCCCCUUGAGCUGCUGUUCCGUUUACCAGCCGGUUACCCUUCGUGUCUACCCGGCGUCUCGGUUAGCUCCACACAUCUGACCCGGGCCCAGUGCGCUACCGCGAAGGAGAAGUUACUUGAAGAAGCCAGGAAGCUAUUGUCAGAACCAAUGAUUCAUGAGCUGGUUCUUUGGAUUCAGCAGAAUCUCAGACACAUCCUCAGCCAACCAGAGGCCGCACGCAGCGGUGAGAAGCCCACUUGGCCGGAAACCGCAACUGAUGACGGGUUGUGGCUAACGCUCCUGCAUUUAGAUCACAUGAGAGCAAGGACUAAAUAUGUCAGAACUGUGGAGAAGUGGGCUGCAGACUUAAGGCUGACGGGAAGAUUGAUGUUCAUGGGUAAAACAAUACUCAUCUUACUGCAAGGAGACAGAAGCGACAUCAAGGAGUACCUGAUUCUUCAGAAAACCUCCAAAGUCGAUGUGGACUCAAGUGGAAAGAAAUGCAAAGAGAAAAUGAUUAGUGUACUCUCUGAAACAAAAGUACAAACGGAACACAAAAGGUUUCUGGCGUUCGAAGUCAAAGAGUAUUCAACACUGGAGGAGUUACAAAAGGAAUUUGAAACUGCAGGACUUCGGGAGCUCUUCUCAGAAUGUGUGCUCGGGCUGGUAAAAUGAAGAGAAUGGUGGGAGCCGUCUUGUUGGAGUUUCCACUGCCUUUGGGGAGGGCUCGUUGAAUGGUCAUAAGAGAGCAGCUUAAAGUUUCUCUGUAGCAAAAUUGUUCCCAUUCCAGGAAGGAAGAGAGUUCUGUUUUAUGGAAUGUUAAACACAGAAAGACCCCACAUAUUCUAAUGUUUGCUGGAGAAGACUGGGCUCAAUGGAUGAAUUAUCUGAAGGAGAAAUAAAAAAUCACGGCGGGAAACGAGCUGUUGUUUUUAUAUAGACAGUUUGUUUAGAAGUCUGCAAUUUUCAGGCUAAUUUUCUUGUAAUUAAAUGAUUUCUUAAAGUG